AUGUCGACAUGGACACCGACGUCGUCGUGGUUGGUGUCGAAGUCGAGGGGAUUCGAAGGUCAAGGAACGGUUCGGGAAGGUUCGGGAAAGUCGAACCAGAACCGGACCACUAGUGAAGUCCAGAACCCAGAACCGCUUUCCGGUCCGGUUCUGGCUGGUGAGGGAACCAUGGACCGAACCACAGAGAACCGGACCAAAAGUCCGGUUCGAACCGUGGUUCUGGACCGGACCGCGGCAGCACUACUCCAGGCCACCCAGGUUCUUGAAUCGACAAAAUAUGGCAUACCUACGAUCGCAAUCAACGAAGACACUCCGACAGAUCUGUCUCUCUGGGAGUCUAUUCACGCAGGGAAAUUCACUCAUCUCAUUGUUUCACCGGAGCAGCUAUCAAUGUUCAAUGGUCACCUUCCGCGCCUUGCACGACUUCUCCGACAAAAUCGUACCUUCACUCAACGCAUUAAGCGUGUACAUAUUGAUGAAGCACAUAAUAUUCAUACCGCAGGGCUUCCGCAUCAUGGUGAAGAAGCAUUUCGACCUGCAUAUGGCAAGCUUGGAGAGCUACGUGUGCUACUUUGCAAGGGAACAACAUUUCAGGAUCUUGACAACAGAUUUCACGCGUUCGUGAGGUGAGAGACGCGACGGAGUUGCUGCGGCAGCCGCAGGGAGACCUGUCGUAAUGUCUACGAAACCAGAGUCAACAGAUCGAUUAAAGUUCUCAUUGAGAACUGUCGAAGAGACUGGCAUCCUUCAAGUAGCAGGUUGAAUACAGAAAGCAGAAUGAAUAUACAUGAAGUGAUGGAACGAGUCUGAUAUGAACGUUAAAACGUUAUUGUGUCGAAC